AUGAUGUCGGAUCUUCCUUUAGAUUUGGUAGAGAAAAUACUCUCUAGGGUUCCCGCCACAUCUCUCAAACGACUACGAUCGACUUGUAGACGAUGGAACGCUUUAUUGAAAGACCGAAGAUUCACCGAGAAACACUUUCAUAAAGCACCAAAGGAGUCUAGAGUUCUCAUGUUGAAAGAGUAUAGGGUUUUUCCAAUAAGCGUCAAUCUCAAAGUUACUCCUCCAUCUGUAGACUUUAAAGGUGCACUUGGUUAUUCCCAUUCUAAUUCAGAACAAGUCGUGAUAACCGAAGUUUUUCACUGCGAUGGUUUGUUGUUAUGCACCACCAAUGACGAUAGACUCGUGGUUUGGAAUCCGUGUUUGGGGGAAACCAAAUGGAUCCAACUCAAAGUUGAUUACCGGAGAUACGUCUCCAUAUUUGCUCUAGGGUAUAUCCAAAACAACGAAUCCUGCCGUAGCUAUAAAAUCUUGUGGACUUGGUAUAGUUACGAUUACAAUUCAUCACCGCCACAAAGAGGUUUGGGGUUUGAAAUAUACGAGUUUAGCUCUGAUUCAUCAUGGAGGGUUCUUGAUGACGUCAAUCACGACUCCGUCGUCAAUCACAACUCCAUAAUAAGAAGUGGCGUGUCUUUGAAGGGAAAUACUUAUAUGCUUGCUUAUGAUAUUGAAGAAAAUUCUAAAUUUUUACUAAUGUUUGAUUUUACAACAGAGCGAUUGAAACGUCUAUGCCUUCCGCAUUUCCAAGAUGUUGGUGAAAUGGAUCUAUCUGUUAGAGAAGAACAACUCUCAGUAUUGAAUUGGAGCCGUAUUACAUCAAAGAUGGAGAUAUGGAUAACCAAUAACUUUGAUACUGAAGCUACAUUGUUGUGGAAAAGAGUGCACUUAGACAGUCAAUGUAAUUGUGUUCGAAUCUUCUCAAGUCUAUAUUUCGACGAGGAGAAGAAAGUCGUCUUGUAUUGUAAUGUUAAAGAUGGUGAGACCAGCAAGAAAGUGGUAUACAUUAUCGGAGAGGACGAUGGACAUUACAUAGAAAUCCCUUUCGUAAAAUCUAUAAAAAUAGAAAGGCUUCAACUUAUCCAUACUACAAGAUGGUACUCAUUGAUUUUCAAUUAUGUUCCGAGUUUGUUUCAAAUCCAGUAA